CAAACCCUAAUUGUUAGUGUGUGUGUGUGUGUGUGUGUGUCUGCAUUUCUUCUUCCCUGACAUGAAGAAGUCGAGAGUGUUUGUCCUGCGAGCCUGUGAAUGGUCGUCCUGAGCCUCUUGAAUCGUUGGACUGAAGAAAAGUGGAGGUGGCAGAAUUUAGCUGUGACAAACUGGAGUUUUGGUUACCAUGUGGUGCUGUUGGACGCACUUCGUCUUGGCCUGGGUAUCCAUGGCAACCCCGACGUCUUGCCAAAGCGGAGAUUGGGGUUCGGGCUUCGAAAUGGACUCGGCGAUAGCGGCCACCAACGAAACAUCUCGGGCAGUUGGCGAUGAGCCUGUGAGGAUAGGAAACAAUCAGGACUGGAUGACAUCAGCAGCUUUCUCACCAUCCCUUCCACCGAAGCUGCAGUACGAGCCCCAACCGGGCGAGUGCUCGGUCCACUUCAGCACCACGGCUGCUUCGGCUCGACGGCUGAGGGCCCAGAGAGAGGAGCUGGUCCGUCUGCAGGCCCUCCAGCGCGCAAACAAGGCGCUGAUGGAGAACCUGGAGCAGUUUGUGGGGGCGGAGCUGGGAGGUCAGAGCUACAAAGACGUGAUUAAGGAAAACGUCGAUGGCAUCGCAAAGGACAACAGCAGUUGCCAUGAGGUGGUGGAGAAGGCUGAGGAGGACAUGCAGAAGCAGCUGGAAGGGGAGGAGUCGAGCGCUGGAAUGCAGAAAAUGCGGGACGAGUCUUUGGCCUUUGAAGACUUGCUCCGUGUUGCGGGAGACAUCGCCGGCAGGCUGGAGACGUCCUCGCAGGCCCUGCACGCUUCAUUCAGCAAGCAGCUGAAAGACGUUGCAAAGAUUCAUCGUUAAGGAAGCGGCGAGAAAAAGUUAACGCUCCGUUGUCAUCUUCCAACUGAGCAUGCUCGGUAUCACGUGUGAGACCGAAAGUAAGGUAUCUACGAUCUAAUAUUUUAAGUGAAUUGACCUGCUUUAGAGCAGUGAGAUAAAACAAUAUGUGAUGGUCAGGCAGGUUAAGAGAAUUAAGGAUUUGGAGAAAAAAAAAAUCAUUAUUAAAGAAAAUGCUUCUAUUGUUUCCUCUUUUCCGAAGUAAACUCCUAUUAAAUACUAUUUUCCAUCCAGGCACUAGAAUGUGGAAACUGUUGAGUUCAAAUGUGGUAACCGUGGUUGCUGGUUUGAGCCAAGUUGAGUGUUUAUGAAUCAAACUAGAUUGGCCGUCAGAGACCAAACACAAUGGCUGUGUUUGCCCUCUGCAGAAGAAGGGACGGGUGGACCAUCUGGUUCCAGGGUGAGGAUGGAGGGCAGGGACACGCUUCAGGAGGACUAGUGGCUUCCAGAAGGAGAAUUUGUUUUGGUAACAAUAAAAAGGCAAACUGUGACAUGCAUUGUAAUCUGUUGUUCGGAGAACCGCAUGCCAACAACCUGUGGAUGAGGGAACAUAUAUUGUCUCAAUUAUAAAAAUGUGUUUACUAGUAGGAAGUAAUAAAGGAAACACACCAUGAAAUAUGAUUCUUCUCUUAAAACGUAGUGAAACACUGAAUGCCUUCGAGGUUUUACACAGAAUGAAAACCUUAAGAUCAGAAAAGAAAAACA